AUGAGCUCUUCAAUGCCAACUGAUGAAGAAGAUGCUUGGGAAGUUCCAGGUACAGCAUUGAAUCUCUUGGUGAAGAAGGAGAAAGAUGAUGAUGAUGAUAAGACUCAGCCUCCUAGCCCAGUGAUGGAAGAUAUAGAAGAGGAACCAUUGGAGGUUGAGCAGAAGUCAUUGCUUGACCUGGUAGCUUCAUUGCCUGAAAACACCAUUGAAGAGAAAAUGGAUGUAGACAGCUUGGGCAAGCUACUGGUGGAGGAGAUUGAGAAGUACAAGAAGGCAAUGGGGAUUGCUGUCAAAGAGGAAAAGGAUGAGGGUGCAGUGAAGGACAAGACUGACAAGGAAAUUACUGAGAUGAAAAAAGAGCCAAUGGAGAAGAGAAAAUUGCCCAUGCCUACAUGGCAAAGCAAAAAGCCCAAGAAUGAUGAUCCCAAAGAUUCACUGGCGUACUGA